UCGAUUCCUUUCAUUGCAGAGGAUCGGCGUAAUGCCAACUGAGGCCCACGAAUUCUAGAUUUUGAUGUCUGACUUUUGAUUGUGGAUUAGUUAACCUUGUGAUCGCUGCACUUUCUAUGCAUUGUGGAAAUUGAAGAGUUUUGGUUGUAUCAGAAUGGAUUUUGUAUCGAAAUACCAGGGCGUUGUUGGCCGUGUUUUCGGAAAUGAAAAUUCGGGCUCGAGUGAAGAUGAUAGUUAUGUUGAGCGCUUGCUGGAUCGCAUUAGCAAUGGUGUCCUGGCUGAUGACAAGAGGAAUGCGCUGACUGAGCUUCAGGCUGUUGUAGCUGAAAGUAAUGAUGCACAGUUAGCCUUUGGAGCAAUGGGGUUUCCCAUACUAUUGAAUGUCUUAAAGGAGGGGCGUGAAGAUGUAGAAAUGGUUCGUGGAGCGCUGGAAACUCUUGUGAGUGCCUUAAGUCCAAUUGAAUUUGGAAAAAAGUCAAAGAAUGGGGUUCAACCAGCUCUAAUGAACAGUGAUUUGCUUUCAAGAGAAGUGGAAAAUAUUUCACUUCUUUUGAGCUUGCUGUCUGAGGAGGAUUUCUACAUUCGGUAUUAUACAUUGCAAUUGUUGACAGCACUUCUCACAAAUUCUCCAAAUCGGCUCCAAGAAUCUAUUUUAACAAUUCCGCGUGGUAUAACAAGGCUCAUGGAUAUGCUCAUGGAUCGUGAGGUCAUAAGAAAUGAGGCAUUAUUACUUCUCACAUACUUGACUCGGGAAGCUGAGGAAAUCCAGAAAAUUGUGGUCUUUGAAGGUGCUUUGGAGAAGAUCUUUGGCAUUAUAAAAGAGGAAGGGGGCUCUGAAGGUGGUGUUGUUGUACAGGACUGUCUGGAACUGUUGAACAAUCUUCUUCGAUUUAAUUCUUCAAAUCAGGUAUUGCUUAGGGAGACACUGGGCUUUGAUUCUCUCAUGUCGAUUCUGAAGCUCAGAGGAAGCACCUACAAAUUCACCCAGCAGAAGACUAUAAAUCUACUCAGCUUGUUGGACACAGUCAAUUUGCUUCUGCAUGGUGGUCAACAGACUGAUCCAGGAAAAGACUCCAAUAGUUUGGCAAAUAAAACAGUUUUGGUUCAGAAAAAUAUGCUGAGCCAUCUAUUAAUGCUGGGAGUUGAGAGCCAAUGGGCUCCUGUUGCUGUCCGUUGUAUGGCACUUCAGUGUAUUGGUGAUCUGGUUGUCAAUCAUCCUCAGAACCGUGACGCUCUUGCAAAUAAAGCACUUGGGGAGGAGCAUCAUGUUGAGCCAGCCUUAAAUUCUCUCCUUAGAAUUAUUUUGCGAACUUCUAGCUCACAAGAGUUCAUUGCGGCAGACUAUGUUUUCAAGAGCUUUUGUGAGAAAAAUCCCGAUGGUCAAACUAUGUUGGCUUCGACUUUGAUUCCUCAACCACACUCAUUGAUAAAUGCAGAGUUCGAGGAAGAUGUAAACAUGUCAUUUGGAAGUAUGCUACUGCAUGGGCUGAUACUGAGUGAAAGUGAUGGUGAUCUUGAGACUUGCUGCAGAGCUGCUGGUGUCCUAUCUCAUAUUCUGAAGGAUAACAUUCAGUGCAAGGAGAGGGUUCUUAAAAUUGAACUUGAAGCGCCUACACUGACGUUGGGAGGUCCAGAGCCUUUACUGCACCGUAUGACUAAGUACCUGGCACUUGCUUCUUCUAUGAGUAAAGAUGGAAAAGGCAGCCUAACAGAGACUACAUAUCUUCAGCCAAUUAUUUUAAAGCUACUAAUUCUUUGGCUCUUUGAAUGUCCGAGUGCUGUACAGUCCUUCCUUGAAGCACGCCCUCACCUCACAUACUUGCUAGAGUUGAUUUCUAGUGAAACUGCGACUGUAUGUGUAAAGGGAUUGGCUGCUGUACUCUUAGGAGUGUGCAUAGUCUGUCAUAAAAGUGCUGAUGGCGGACAGGAUGCUUUUGGUAUCAUUGAUGCUAUUAGCCAAAAAGUUGGACUUACCUCUUACCUUCUUAAGUUUGAUGAAAUGCAGAAGAGCCCACUUUUUACUUCUGAAAAGCCUGCUCUUUCCCGUAAACCAUUGACCCGGUCUAUUGGUGCUAGCAUGUCUGACAUUGAAGAGGUCUAUGACGAUGAAAAUACUGAUCAGAGGAAUGGGGAUCAUCCUAUCCUUCGGAUGGUGAUUGAACCUCAGUUUGUUGACUUUCUUAAGGGGUUAGAAGUGAAAAUUAGAGAACAAAUUGUAGAAAUUUAUAGUCGUCCGAAGAGCCAGGUAGCGGUGGUCCCGUCUUACCUAGAACAGCAGAGUGGAGAAAUUGACAAGGAGUAUAUCAAACGACUGAAGGACUUUGUGGAGAAGCAAUGCCGUGAGAUACAGGACCUUUUGAGUCGGAAUGCUACUCUUGCUGAGGACCUCUCAAAGACUGGCGGGAGUGGUUCAUCAUCCCAGCUCGAACAUAGGAUUAGCAGUGGAUCAGACAGAAUCCUGGUUGAGACUCUCCGUAGGGAUCUACAUGAGACUUCCCAACGGUUGGAAGCCCUCAAAGCAGAAAAGGAGAGAAUCGAAGCCGAGUCUUCAGAGCACCAACACUCAGCAUCUAAACUUGAAUCUGAUCUAAAGAGCUUGUCCGAUGCAUACAAUAGCAUUGAACAGGCCAACUUUCAGCUAGAACGUGAAAUAAAAGCAUUAAAGAGUGGUGGGGCUGUAGCUGCUCCUGACAUUGAGGAAAUAAAGGCAGAAGCAAGGGAAGUCGCUCAAAGGGAGAGUGAGGCUGAGUUAAACGACCUGCUCGUGUGUCUUGGGCAAGAACAGAGCAAAGUGGAGAAGCUCAGUGCAAAGCUAGCAGAGCUGGGAGAGGAUGUUGAUAGUUUGCUCGAUGGUAUCGGAGACGAUGUUGGAAUGCAGGGAGAAGAAGAAGAUGACGACGAACAAGAUUGAGGUGUCGAUUUCUACAUCUUUUACUGAACUUUUUGGAUUUUUACCAGUUGUCAUGCUUGCACAUUGCUUAGUAAUUAAAUGUACAUUACGGAGUAAUAUUUUUGUCAUAUUUAUCUCCAUAAAACUCAACACCAAAAUGCCAAGCCAUUGUUUGUUUUA